AUGGAGAAGGAAGAAGAACAUAAGGUAUUUCGUCUGAUCGGAGUGACAUUGAAUCGAUUAAAGGAAGAGAGGAAUAUGAGCAAUUCAGUAGGGCAUAGUUUGCUUCGAGGGCCAGUUUUACAGCAUCAAAGUCAAAAAAAUUCUUGUAGUUGCAUUGGCGGAAAUACUUUGUUUCAAGCUCAAGCUACUUCUCUGAUACGGAAGUCAUCGUCGUCGGCUUUGUCGUCUAUAUUAUCCAGCGAUUUCCGUGGUCAUAGACUGACUUUGCGAAGAUCAGGAUUGCGGAAAAAUCCAGUGCUUUCUGACGUUGUUCAAGCUGUUUUAGCUACCGAUCCGGCAUCCGAGCAACUGAGACUAAAGUUCAUCUUGGAAGAAGAUAUUGAGAUGCAGGUUGAUGUUAAGAUCUCCUCUAUUCCAAUGGUAGAGAUUCAGCUCACUAAUAGUAGGGACCAUUUAUAUCUACAUUGGGGAGGUCUACGGAAUGUAAAGGAAAAAUGGGUACUCCCCAAUCGUCGUCCUGAAGGUACUAAAGUAUACAAGGAAAGGGCUCUUAGAACCCCCUUUAUAAAAUCUGGUUCCAAUUCAUCCCUGAAAGUUGAGAUUGAUGAUCCUUCAAUUCAAGCUCUAGAGUUCCUAAUAGUCGAUGAAGCAAAGAAUAAAUGGUACAAAAAUAAUGGUCAAAACUUCCAUGUUAAGCUGCCUUCAAGGGAAACUCCAGUUUCAAAUGUUGUAAUUCCCGAAGACCUUGUACAAAUUCAAGCAUUUUUGAGAUGGGAAAAGAAGGGGAAACAAAUGUAUUCACCAGAACAAGAAAAGAUGGAAUAUGAAGCAGCUCGUGCAGAACUAUAUGAAGACAUUUCUAGGGGGAGUUCCAUAGAGGAAAUAAGAGCAAGGCUUACUAAAAAAGAUGAUAAAAAUUCCAAAAAAGAUAUUGGAACCUCUAAUGAUGACACACAGAAGAAAAUUACCAAAGGAGAGAUAAAAACUAAGGUUCAAAAGCAUCAGGAAGCUAGAAGCUACUCAACUCAAAGCAUUCAAAGAAAGAAGAGGGACCUCAUGCAACUUCUCAACAAACAUAUUCCAGUUUCUGUAAAGUCUGUAGAGGAAAAAUCCUCCAUGACACCAAAAUCUUUGUCUGCAUUGGAACUUUACUCUAAGCUCAUAGAGGAACAAAGUGACAUAAAUAUAUUGAACAAAAAGACAUACAGAGUUGCUGAUGAUGAGCUUCUGGUACUUGUGACAAAGGCUUCUAGUAAGAUAAGAGUUCAUUUGGCUACAGGAUUCAAGGAGCCACUCACCCUUCACUGGGCAUUGUCAAAAAAACCUGGGGAGUGGCUGGCACCACCUGAAAAUUUGUUACCACAAGGGUCUUCUUCUUUAGCUACAUGUGCUGACUCACCAUUUUCUACUAUCUCUAUUGAUGGUUCAACUAACAAGAUACAAUCAUUAGAAAUAGAAAUUGAAGAGGGUGAUUAUGUGGGGAUGCCUUUUGUUACUUUUUCUGGAAAUAACUGGAUUAAGAAUAAUGGUUCAGACUUCUACAUUGAAUUUGUUGGACCCAAGAAGGCAAUAAAGGAUGCAGGUGAUGGGAAGGGUACUGCUAAGGCCUUGUUAGACAAAAUAUCAGGGCUGGAAAGUGAAGCACAAAAGUCUUUCAUGCAUAGAUUUAAUAUUGCAGCUGAUUUGAUGGAAGAAGCCACAGACACUGGUGAGUUGGGUCUUUCAGGAAUUUUAGUUUGGAUGCGUUUUAUGGCUACAAGACAACUAAUCUGGAAUAAAAACUACAAUGUAAAGCCUCGUGAGAUAAGCAGAGCUCAGGAUAGGCUUACAGAUUUGCUUCAAAAUGUUUAUGUGAAUUAUCCACAAUACAGUGAGCUUUUAAGAAUGAUCAUGUCAACUGUUGGACGUGGAGGUGAAGGAGAUGUAGGUCAACGUAUCCGAGAUGAAAUCCUUGUGAUCCAGAGAAAAAAUGAUUGUGCAGGUGGAAUGAUGGAAGAAUGGCAUCAGAAACUUCACAACAACACAAGCCCUGAUGAUGUUGUGAUUUGUCAGGCGUUAAUUGAUUAUAUUAAAAAUGACUUUGACAUGAGUGUUUAUUGGAACACACUGAAUACAAAUGGAAUAACAAAAGAAAGACUUUUAAGCUACGAUCGAGCCAUCCACCAUGAGCCAAGCUUCAGGAGAGACCAAAAGGAAAGCCUCUUGCGUGAUUUGGGAAGCUACUUGAGAACAUUAAAGGCAGUUCAUUCAGGUGCAGAUCUUGAGUCUGCGAUAUCAAACUGCAUGGGUUAUAAAUCUGAGGGACAAGGUUUUAUGGUAGGGGUGAAUAUCAACCCUGUUUCAGGUCUGCCAUCUGGAUUUCCGGAACUGCUUCAAUUUGUUUUGAAUCAUGUGGAAGAUAGGAACGUGGAAACCCUUCUUGAGGGACUGCUGGAAGCACGUGAGGAACUUCGGCCAUUACUAUCUAAACCAAAUGAUCGUCUCAAGGAUCUUCUCUUUUUGGACAUUGCCCUCGAUUCUACUGUAAGGACAGCCAUUGAAAGGAGCUAUGAAGAGCUGAGCAACGCUAAGCCAGAGAAAGUUAUGUAUUUAAUCACUCUUCUUCUCGAGAACCUCAUACUCUCAUCAGACAACAACGAGGACCUGAUCUAUUGCUUAAAGGGAUGGAAUCAAGCACUAAGCAUGUUGGAGACUGGAGAUGGUAGUUGGGCAUUAUUUGCAAAAUCAGUCCUUGAUAGAACCCGACUUGCACUUGCCACCAAAGGGGAGUUGUAUCAUCAAAUUUUACAACCUUCAGCUGAGUACCUUGGGGCCCGCCUUGGAUUAGACCAAUGGGCGGUAAGCAUAUUUACUGAAGAAAUGAUUCGUGCAGGAUCAGCUGCUUCUUUAUCAUCAUUGGUUAAUCGACUUGACCCCAUUCUUCGCAAUGUGGCUAAUUUGGGGAGUUGGCAGGUAAUCAGCCCAAUUGAAGCUGUUGGAUACAUUGUGGUGGUUGAUGAGUUACUUUCAGUUCAAAACAAAUCCUAUGAAUCACCAACAAUUUUAGUAGCAAAAUCUGUAAGAGGAGAAGAAGAAAUCCCUGAUGGAACAGUUGCUGUAAUAACACCCGAUAUGCCAGAUGUUCUAUCCCAUGUUUCUGUUCGUGCAAGAAACAGCAAAGUCUGCUUUGCAACAUGUUUUGAUCCAAAUAUUUUGGAUGAUCUUCGUGCAAAACAAGGGAAAUUGUUAAAACUAAAACCUACUUCAUCUGAUAUAACUUAUAGUGAGGUGAAAGAGGGAGAUUUAAAGCAAUCAGGUAAUUCGGAAGAAGUUGGUUUGCCAUCAAAUAUAAAAUUGGUCAAAAAAGAGUUUUGUGGUAAAUUUGCUGUUUCGGCUGAAGAGUUCACAAGUGAAAUGGUUGGAGCUAAAUCACGUAACAUUGCAUACCUAAAAGGAAAAGUACCAUCAUGGGUUGGGAUUCCUACUUCCGUGGCUUUACCUUUUGGAAGUUUUGAGAAAGUUCUUUCUGAUGUAAAAAAUAAGGGUGUGUCCGAAAAGCUGAAAAUCUUGAAGAAAAAAUUAGAAGCAGGAGAGUUUGAAGUCCUUGAGGAGAUCCGCAAGACAGUUUUGGACCUUGUUCCACCACCCCAGCUGGUAGAAGAGCUGAAAAACAAAAUGAAAAGCUCUGGCAUGCCAUGGCCAGGGGAUGAAGGUGAGAAAAGAUGGGAACAAGCAUGGACUGCUAUAAAGAAGGUUUGGGCUUCAAAAUGGAACGAAAGAGCCUACUUCAGUACACGAAAAGUGAAACUAGAUCAUGACCUCCUAUGCAUGGCUGUAUUGGUUCAAGAAAUAAUAAAUGCUGAUUACGCAUUUGUUAUUCAUACCACAAAUCCAUCUUCUGGAGACCCAUCUGAGAUAUAUGCCGAGGUAGUAAAAGGUCUUGGGGAGACUUUGGUAGGAGCUUAUCCAGGUCGAGCAUUGAGUUUCAUUUCCAAGAAAGAUAAACUUGAUUCUCCUAAGGUUUUGGGUUACCCAAGCAAACCGAUUGGGCUUUUCAUAAAAAGAUCCAUCAUCUUCCGAUCUGAUUCCAAUGGUGAAGAUCUAGAAGGCUAUGCUGGUGCAGGACUUUACGAUAGUGUGCCUAUGGAUGAAGAAGAAAAAGUUGUACUUGAUUACUCAUCUGAUCCAUUAAUGGUUGAUGGAAACUUCCAGAAAUCAAUCCUCUCGAGCAUUGCUCAUGCGGGUGAUGCCAUAGAGAAGUUAUAUGGAUCCCCACAAGAUAUUGAAGGUGUCGUACGUGAUGGGAAAAUUUAUGUUGUUCAAACUCGACCUCAAAUGUGAUCAUAAUUACUUCAUACAAAAACUCCCUAGAAAUAUAAGAAUAAAUCAGUUAUAACAUCAAAAUGUUGUAUUAAUAUUUAAUAAUAUGAACAAAGGUUAUUUAACUUCUCAAGUAUAUGUAUAAUCAUAUUGAAGUUACACUAAUAGGAUCUAUUCUUUCAACUUUAAAACUAAUCUCAC